GCAUAACGUAGCUAUGGCGCGUAGUAUUAUCGUUGCACCGCUAUGAUCACUGUAUACAGUCGUUGUUUGAAUACAAUCGUUUGCGCAUUCGUUUAGUUCAGUGCAAGCAGAACAGAACACGAAACAACACACCACAGCAGAGCAGAGCAGAGCGGAGCACAAACAGUUUCAGUUCUCCGAAAAAUUUCGUCAUAUGCGGUAAUUCAGAAUAUAAUCAAAUUUCAGACAACUGUCAUAAACCGACCACACUGUUUUUGCGUCGUGCGUCAAAAACCUCCAAACACAGCCAUGGACACAAAAACUGGAUUUGAAGGCCAUUAUUUGAACGAAGAAUCGGCCGAUGUUCAUUUCAUUUGUCGUUCGGAUGAUCGUCAGAGUGAUGUCCGCGUGCCGGCCCACAAAAUUGUUCUGGCUUCAAAAAGUGAAACAUUCCAAGCAAUGUUCUAUGGUUCACUGCCAGAAAAGGGUGAUGUGCCGUUACCAUUGCUUACAGCCACCGCGUUCAAAGAAUUCCUACAGCUGUUCUACUUCACCCAGGUUGGUGUCACCAUGGACAAUGUGAAUGAUGUGGUCGAUUUGUCGAAAAAGUAUCAAUCGGAGCACGGACUGUCAAUUUGUGGGGAUUUUCUGAAGGAAAAUCUAUCGAACGACAAUUUCAUCACAGUCUACGAAUUGGCUCUGCUCUACGAGUUGACCGAAUUGAAAUCGUUCUGCGAAAUUAGCGCACCGGUUUUCCUGUCAGAGGAAGACAUCGUCAAGUGUACGCGCACCGAGCUGAAGCACAUUUUGCAAAUCAAGCAAUUGUACGUUGACAUGAAUUUGAUUGACGUUUGUGUGCAAUGGGCACAAAAUGUGUGCGAAGAACGACAAAUCGGCCCCGAAAGCAUGGAAAACAUCGUGCAAGAGAUCGGUGAUUUGGUCGAAUGCUUUGAUUUUGCAUCGAUGCCACAGAGUAAAAUCGAAGAAGUGCUAGACACAUUCGAUGCGGUUUUGACGAAAGACACAUACAAAAAGGUCACCGCCAUCUUGAUGAAGCGCGGCACUCCGCUUGAUGUCAAUAAGAUUCUCUGGGUUGCCAAGGAGAAAGAGACAAACAAGCGCUACAUUGAACCAACCGAAGUGAUGACUGUCAUUACAAACAAAACGAUUACGGUGCGUGCCGUUGGUUUUGCCCCAAUUUAUUGGGAACACCCAGAAGAAGCCGAUUCCGACGAUGAUAUCUACGGCCAACUGGUAAUCCUGCAAGAUAAGGUGGACAACGGAAACGAAUACACAGUUUUGCUACGCGAAAGUUUCAACCUUGAUCCGUUUGGAAAUGAUUUGGACGAUGCCAAAACGGUACAAAUCCAGCGAUUCGAAAGAUCUGUGGUUUUUGAGCCAAAUCAAAUGUACAAGCUUCAAGUGCAGCUCAUGAUACGCAAGAAAGACGAGAUUUUCUGCCGGUCCAAAUUGAUCGCAGCCGGUAAGCAUAAGUACAACCGAUCGUCAGGUGAUCCAACCGAAAUUAUGUUCGAUGGCAACAGCACCAUCGCAUCGUUGGGCAUUGGCAUUGAAUACAUUGAUAUGGGAACCGAUCGGCUAAUGAUGAUUGAUGAAACCAAAUGAAUCGAACAAACAGCACUCACAGACGAAUCUCAUUUACGCUGAACACAUAAAUGUGUCAAAAUGAUUGACAAAGAUUACACAACCAAAUGAUUGAAUCGAAUGAUAUUUGCUAAUGAAUAGCUUUAAUUUAUAUAUUUGAAUCAUGAUCGAAAUGCUAUGCAAACUAUGUUAUAAGGAGAUUAUUUCAUAAGACAAUCCAAAAUUUAUAUGUCCUAACCAUUGUUCUCUGUUUUGUUGACUCAAUCAUAACAAUUUCAUCAAAGAAAAAGAAAGAAAAACUUAAGAAUAAAAAGUCCGUCAAUAGUUCAUCAGAAAAA